CCAACCCAGUCCGGCUUGGCUGCUGAACUGUCCGCCAGACAUUUAUGUCUUCAUGCUACAAUCCCACCCCCUACCCCCUCAAAGACACCAAUUCUUAAGUGAGACAAACAUAAGAUGCCUUUGCCCGUGCAAGUGUUUAACUUUCAGGGGUCUGUGGAGCCCAUGCAGAUUGAUGCAGAUCCCCAGGAGGACCAGCAGAAUGCUCCAGACACCAACUAUAUUGUGGAGAACCCCACACUGGAUCUGGAGCAGUAUGCGACCAGUUAUAGUGGAUUAAUGCGCAUUGAGAGACUGCAGUUCAUUGCUGAGCACUGCCCUCAGCUCCGAGUGGAGGCCCUGAAGAUGGCGCUCACCUUUGUUCAGAGGACCUUCAAUGUUGACACUUAUGAAGAGAUUCACCGCAAACUCACAGAGGCCACACGGGAAGUGCAGGGUGUGCCAGACACAGUUCCUGAAGGAGGGGUUGUUCCCCCUCCCCUGGACUCAGCUUGGGCUGAAUCGACCAGAAAAAAGGCUCUGCUUAAACUGGAGAAACUAGAUACGGAUCUUAAGAACUACAAGGGCAACUCCAUCAAAGAGAGCAUCAGGAGAGGCCAUGAUGACCUGGGGGACCAUUAUCUGGACUGUGGUGACCUCAGUAAUGCUCUGAAGUGCUACUCUCGAGCCAGAGACUACUGCACCAGUGCUAAGCAUGUCAUUAACAUGUGUCUAAAUGUCAUCAAGGUCAGUGUUUACCUCCAGAACUGGUCGCACGUGCUGAGCUACGUCAAUAAGGCAGAGUCCACACCAGAAAUUGCAGAGCAAAGAGGAGAGCGAGAUAGUCAAAAUCAAGCUGUCCUCACCAAAUUAAAGUGUGCUGCAGGAUUGGCCGAGUUGGCCUCUCGAAAAUACAAGCCAGCUGCCAAGUGCUUCCUGCAGGCUUCCUUUGACCACUGUGACUGUCCAGAGCUCCUGUCGCCCAGUAAUGUAGCUGUGUAUGGGGGCUUGUGUGCUUUGGCCACGUUUGACAGACAGGAGCUUCAGCGCAACGUCAUCUCCAGCAGCUCCUUUAAGUUAUUUCUAGAGUUGGAACCUCAAAUUCGUGACAUUAUCUUCAAGUUCUACGAGUCUAAAUAUGCAUCCUGUCUCAAGCUACUGGAUGAAAUGAAGGAUAACCUCCUGUUGGACAUGUACCUGGCACCACAUGUCAAGACACUGUACAGCCAGAUCAGGAACAGAGCCCUGAUUCAGUAUUUCAGCCCCUACGUGUCAGCAGACAUGACCAAGAUGGCUCAGGCGUUCAACACAACAGUAACAGCUCUGGAGGACGAGCUCACCCAGCUCAUACUGGAGGGUCUCAUUAAUGCACGUAUCGACUCCCACAGCAAGAUUCUGUAUGCGAGGGACGUCGACCAAAGGAGCACCACAUUUGAGAAGUCUCUUCAUAUGGGCAAAGAGUUCCAGAGACGAGCCAAAGCCAUGAUUCUCCGAGCUGCUGUGCUGCGCAACCAGAUUCACGUCAAGUCUCCACCCAGAGAAGGCAGCCAGGGUGAACUCACACCAGCCAACAGUCAGACCAGGAUGAGCACCAACAUGUGAGGAAGAAGUGAACAGCUGUAGCGCAAAGGGGAAGGUUCACUGUUCUGCAACACACACCACCCCACCCACCGUCUGUGAGCUAAAAGCAGAAACGAGAUGCAACAUAAAGACAGAUAAAAACCACUUCUCUUCUUCUGUCAGGUGACAGGGAGCAAACUUUUUGUUUGUCUGACAUGGAGAUUCAGACAGAAUGAAAAUGUGUUUUGAAUGAAUGCUCAGCACUUAGGCUGUAAGUUACUGGUAGGAGAUGCACUUUGCUCUGCUUACACUUUGAGACCUCAUUAAUAGAAAGUUUUAAAAUAAAAAAACACCUAUCCAAACCCA